GAAGCCGCGCUGCACGCGGGAGCAGCAUGGACGAGCCGGGCUGCUCGGCUCCGGGCACCCCUCCGAGCGGGCGGGAGCCGGAGCCCCGGGGGUCGCCCUGCGGCAACUGGAUGGCGACUCACCCUAAGCUCACGGAGAUGAUGUCAUUGGACGUGGCUGACAGCACUCAAGUAUAUGCUGCAUUCUUAGUUUACUUGGACCUUUUAGAAGGUAAAAACUGGUAUAAUGUGACAUGUGUUGGACUAGCAGAACUCCAGCUCGUUUGUCUCCGUGGACGUGAGAGAGAAGCUGAGAAUUUACAGGUUGUUGUGCCAACACCUGUCCACAUGUCAUUUACUCAUCAGAGGCUCAGAGAGAUCAUGCAGAAAGCAUGUAUUCCACAAGAUGAAACGGAUUCCCCACUGUCAGUUAUCCUGGCUAUAGUUGAGUCAGAUUCCACAGUAGUCUAUUAUAAGCUGACAGAUGGUUUCAUAAUGCCAGAUCCUCCUGAUGAUACUGAAGACAUGGACAAUAAACAGUGGAGAAAGAAAAGAAGGAAGCUUUUGAGAUGACUAAGACAAAGCUGAACUGUUUCUUGGCCCCUUAUUUUCAAAUCUAAACAAAUUGUGUAUGUAAAUUAAAAGGUACAAUGGCUUAACUGCUGCUUUGCAAAUCUUCACUUGCUCUGGAGAACUGAGAUUUCUGCAGCAUGCUUCAAAAUAAAAUGGUAUGUAACGUGUUUCAAG